GGGCAGGGCUGCGGGCCGGGCUCUAGCUGUCGCCUCCCCGGAGCGAUCCCCGCCGCGCCCUCCCGGCCCCCAACUCCGCCGCUCCGCUCCUCUCCUCUCCUCCUGCCCACCCUGCCCGAGCCCUCCUCGCUCUACACCGUCCGUCUGUCCGGGGGCAGGAGCAUGUCCAUAGUGGCCUCUGGGAGAUGCAAGAGGGAAGCCCCUGUCUGAGCUUGCUUUAAAUGAUGGCUGAGAAGGUGUAGCUCUCCCAUGAAGCUCAGGGCAGUCCCGUGCAGGUGCCGAAAGUGCUGCCAGACAUUGCUGGGAGAAGAGCUGUCCGGCCAGCUGCACCGUCACCUUCCCAAGGCUGCCAGAUGUGUCCCCGCAUCGCGCUGUGCUGGGGACCAGUCCCGGGGGUCCUCCCCUGCCACUUCUGCUGCUGACCACCAGCCCUCUGCCCCACGGCCUCCCCAGCCUGUCCCCUCUGCUCCUCCAACGGCUCGUGCCGCGGAGCCCCGGUUUCCACCCCGUGCUCAGCAUGCCCUUUUCUGGUGCAACCGGACCCUCUGAGGAAUCACUCUGGAGCUCGAGGCCAGCCUGCAGGGUAAGCAUUUUUCAUCCUUUCCAAACGUGAGAAGACUGGCCAUCUGUCCGGACCCCCCUCACACCAAAUCAACACUAAAGCGGCUCUUUGGGGAAGGUGAUACGGCCGUGGUGCUGUCUCCUUCUGCGCCGGGGCUGCUCUCCCAGCUAACGCACGUCUCCCAUCCCCUGGUAGGAAAUGGAGUCAAAAGUCUCCGAAGGCGGCCUGAACGUCACCCUCACCAUCCGGCUGCUGAUGCACGGCAAGGAAGUUGGAAGCAUCAUUGGAAAGAAAGGAGAGACUGUGAAGAAGAUGCGUGAGGAGAGUGGGGCCAGGAUCAACAUCUCAGAGGGAAACUGCCCCGAGCGAAUUGUGACCAUCACCGGCCCCACCGAUGCCAUCUUCAAGGCUUUUGCCAUGAUAGCCUACAAAUUUGAAGAGGACAUAACCAACUCAAUGAGCAACAGCACUGCUACCAGCAAGCCUCCGGUGACACUGAGGCUGGUCGUGCCGGCUAGUCAGUGUGGCUCGCUGAUCGGCAAGGGUGGCUCCAAGAUCAAGGAAAUCAGGGAGUCAACAGGUGCUCAGGUUCAAGUGGCGGGGGACAUGCUGCCCAACUCCACGGAGCGGGCGGUGACAAUCUCGGGGACACCCGACGCAAUUAUCCAGUGUGUCAAACAGAUCUGUGUGGUGAUGCUGGAGUCCCCACCAAAAGGUGCCACCAUUCCCUACCGCCCAAAGCCCGCCUCCACCCCUGUCAUUUUUGCAGGUGGUCAGGUAAGAGCCGACCCGCUUGCAGCCUCCACUGCCAACCUCAGCCUUUUACUGCAGCACCAGCCGCUGCCCGCCUAUACAAUUCAGGGACAAUACGCUAUUCCACACCCGGAUCAGUUGACCAAGCUCCACCAGUUGGCUAUGCAGCAAACCCCCUUUACUCCCCUUGGACAGACCACCCCCGCUUUCCCUGGAGAAAAGCUGCCCUUACAUUCCUCCGAAGAAGCUCAAAAUCUGAUGGGCCAGUCAUCAGGUUUGGAUGCCAGUCCCCCGGCCAGUACUCAUGAACUCACCAUUCCCAAUGAUCUAAUAGGCUGCAUAAUCGGACGCCAAGGGACCAAAAUCAAUGAAAUUCGGCAGAUGUCGGGAGCGCAGAUCAAAAUUGCCAACGCCACGGAAGGGUCAUCAGAGCGCCAAAUUACCAUCACAGGAACCCCUGCAAACAUCAGCCUCGCGCAGUACCUCAUCAACGCCAGGCUGACGUCUGAGGUCACUGGAAUGGGCGCACUCUAAUUUCCACCCACCAUCCUCCACUCCGCACCACCCGACCCUCUCCAGCCACCGGCACUCCACCCAGCCUGUACAUUUACCGUCUUCCCUUUGCCUCCACAGAUACUCUUUUCUUUACUAACAAAUAUAUAUAUAUAUAUAAAUACACACACAUAUGCACACACUGGAACGUUUCUUUACGAGCUCCUUACUGUGCUCCCAAGGCUGCUCCCGAACUCUUUGGUUAUGGUCCUUGUUUUCAGCGUACGAUACUAUUACUUCAUCUGCUUUUUUGGGGGGUGGGGAGGGGGGGUUGGUUGUUCUUUGUUUUUUUUCUGCUGGUGAGACUUCAGAAGAUGACGGAGUCUCUAGUGUCAGUCUAGCGUAGCUACUUACACGUUUGAGUUGACGUUGGCGGUUCUUGCUGUAGCCUAUGGAUGUGUGACGCCACCCAGAGCUGUGCGUGCUUCAGAGUACUUAAUUUUCUCACCCUUCUUCCUUUGAGGCUCCCUCUUUGUUCGCUUUGCUUGUUCUGGCUCACCUUUGCCACUUCGCACCCCUGCCCUCAGGGUAAGGUGUAGUUUUCAAGUUUUCACUCCAUGUUAUUUGGGAAGUAGGUUGUGCGGGAGCCAAGCUGAUGCGGAUGCACGGGUUCACCCGCAGGCUUGGCUCUUUGCACCAUGGCAGGGUCCAGACAAGCCCUUUUUCAUACUAAGCGAAGGGAAUCACACACACAUACAUGCAAAUGGUUCUCUUUUUUAACUAGCAAGCAACUGGAAUUAGGAAGAAUUCAGCUGUAUGGGAUUCACACCCCCAGGGGCCUUUGAAAGCACUCUUUUGACAAUCCCCACGAGCAAAACCUUUGGACGAUAGCUCAGGAAGCUCUGUGAGCCGGCUGUGUUUGUCGUUGUUCGUGUUCAAUAAAUGUCUGUGCAGCUCUGCUA